CUGAAGACUCAGCCCUGCGCAUGCGCCGCCUGGGUGUGCACGCCUCAGGAUGGCCCACAAUAUGGAACCACUGGCAAAGAAGAUCUUUAAAGGAAUUUUAGUAGCUGAAUUGAUGGGUGUUUUUGGAGCCUAUUUUUUGUUUAAUAAAAUGAACACAAGUCAAGACUUCAGGCAAACAAUGAACAAGAAAUUUCCCUUCAUCUUGGAAGUUUACUAUAAAUCCAUCAAACAGGCUGAAAUGUAUGGAAUCAGAAAGCAAGAUCAAGAGAAAUGGCUGGAUAGCAAAAAUUAAGAAUAAGUCCAGUCAUCACGUUCAGCCUCCCAUUGGAGCUGUUUGAGACCUUUAAGAGGAGAAGAAAGAUGAGCUGAGCCAUGUUGCAGACUCUGGGCCACCACAGAACAUCCUACUGACUAACGGGAGCGUCAGGUCUGCUUUGGCCUGUGGCUUCCCACCUACUACUGCAA